AUGGCCGACUUGUCCCUCCAAAUCUUGCAGGUUGUCGACAAGAACAACGGUGUCGAAAACACCUUGGACACUCCGGAGUUCAAAAAUGUGGACGCCAACACUUUGCAGUCUUCUUUGACUUCGUUGUGGGCCAAAGAAAUGAUCACCUUCAAAAAGAUCGAGACCGACAAUUGGAUCUUGAGCAAAGAGGCCGAGGAGUUCUUGGUUUCCGGUUCUCACGAAAUCCGUUUGUUGAAAGAGGUCUUGCUGGCUAUUGAAGGAUUGAAGAUCUCCGACGUCAACUCGAAGUUGGGUCAGGUUGGUAAAUUGGGUCAGGGUAAGGCCUUCAAGAAUGGCUGGAUCUCCAAGGAUGGCGACAAGUUGGUUCCAAAGGUUGCCGACUUGCCCUCCGACACUGUCGUUGAGCAGUUGAAGACCAUUAAAGAGACUGGCUCGUUGUCUGACAAGAACGAAUUGUCCGACUUGAAGAAGAGAAAGCUUAUCACUUUGACUAAGAUUGUGGGCUUCAAGAUCGAGAAGGCCAAGAACUUCUCCUUGACCAUCAAGGAGUAUGAGACAGACAUUACUUCCGACAUGGUGGCCACUGGUAGCUGGAAGGAUGCUACGUUCAAGCCAUACAACUUCAACUCCGAGGGUUUGUACCCAAGCUCCGGUGCUUUGCAUCCUUUGAUGAAGGUCAGAGAGGAGUUCAGACAGAUUUUCUUCUCCAUGGGUUUCACCGAGAUGCCCGCCAACCAAUACGUCGAGACCGGUUUCUGGAACUUCGAUACCUUGUUCGUUCCUCAACAGCACCCUGCUAGAGACUUGCAGGAUACAUUCUACUUGAAGGACCCUGUUGCCGCCAAGAAGCCCGAGGAUGAGCAAUAUUGGAACGACAUCAAGGCCGUGCACGAGGAAGGUAAGUUCGGCUCGAUUGGUUACAGAUACCCAUGGAAGGAGGACGAGUCUCUCCGGAUGGUCUUGAGAACACACACAACUGCCAUUUCUUCCGCCAUGUUGAAGAAAUUGGCCGAGGACCCUAAGCCUACAAGAUUGUUCUCCAUCGACAGAGUUUUCCGUAACGAGGCUGUUGACGCUACCCACUUGGCUGAGUUUCACCAGGUUGAGGGUGUUCUUGCUGGUUACGACAUCACUCUUGGCGACUUGAUUGGCUUCAUGGAGGAUUUCUUCUCCAAGAUGGGUGUCGACGGUUUGAGAUUCAAAGCUGCUUACAACCCUUACACCGAGCCUUCGAUGGAGAUUUUUGCAUACCACAAGGGUUUGGGCAAGUGGGUCGAGAUUGGUAACUCCGGUAUGUUCAGACCAGAGAUGUUGGAACCAAUGGGCUUGCCAAAGAACUUGAGAGUUUUGGGUUGGGGUCUUUCGUUGGAGAGACCAACCAUGAUCAAAUACGGUGUCUCCAACAUCAGAGAGUUGUUGGGACACAAGGUUUCUUUGGACUUCAUUGAAACCAACCCUGCCGCCAGACUUGAUGAUGACAUGGUCGGUAGUACAUAA